AAGUACAUUAACCAUUCUUUAAAGAUACAUGUGUGGUCCUAAUCCUUAAUGCACGUGUAAUUGAUAAUUCAUAAGAAUUAGCAAAAAAAAUGAAACUUUUCUGAAAUGGAAAACCGAACACACAAAUUGCUACACAUUCCAAUGGAUAUUUGAACUGUAUUGUGUAGCCAAGAAUGUAUGCAAAAUUUUGUAUAUCCGUCCGUCGAGUGGGUUCUGUCUGCUUCAUGCUUCUGUGCAUAAAACUGAUGACGAAUGAUUUCUUGUCAAAUCGGGUCAACAGGAUAAAUGUGAUUAAAGUACACAAUAUCAUUUCUAAGCGUAAAACGGAUAACAGGAAUAUCAAAUCUACCUACGUUAUUCUUAAUAAGAAUAUUCCACGUGAUGAUACGUAUAGCAGAUACGAGACUAUAACACCUUCUCCAUCAAUCACACACAAAAUAUCGCCAGAUGAUGCCAAUUAUGAGGAUAUGCCAGGACUUCGAAGUAUGGAUGAAGCUCUCGAUCUUCCUCCACUAUUGCUUUCCGCUAGUGGGCAACAAACAGCUCCAACAAUUGAAUAUUCUCAAAGAAGGGAUCAUGAUUCAAUUAUUUCACACAAUGAUACUUGCAAUUCGCAAAAAUCUGCUCAACAGAAUGAUGUGUUUCUAGUUUUAGCAAUACGUUCUGUCUGUGAGUCAACUGAUAGGAGAAAAGCCAUUAGAAUGACUUGGGGUAAUACGACAUACAGCACAAAAGUACUGGGUGUGCGUAUCGAGAUAGUAUUUUUGUUGGGAAAAUGUAAAACUGAUAAAGCGCAAAAUCUUCUUUUUGGAGAAGAUAGCAUUUAUUCAGAUAUACUUCAAUGGAAUUUCGAUGAUGCUUUUAACACACUAACUCGGAAAGAUUGUCUUUUUAUGCAAUGGUUUGUGAAACAUUGUCGACAUAUUCCUUAUGUUUUCAAAGGUGAUGAUGAUAUUUUAGUUAACCUUCCAAAUAUUCUUCAAUAUUUAGUGACUUUACCUGCAGAAAAAAGGAAUGAACUCUUCGUUGGAUCAAAAUUAGAAUACAGUCCAAGAAUUACCAAUCCAAAUUCCAAAUAUUAUGUGAGUUCUAAUUUAUAUUCCGGAGAAUAUUAUCCUCCAUACGUAUCAGGAGGUGGAUUUCUUCUUAGUGGCAAUUUGACUUUUAAAUUUUUUUUGCAAUCACUAAAAACUCGUAUUAUUCCGAUGGAUGAUGCGUUCAUGGGAAUAAUGGCAAAGACAUUGGGCGUCACACCAGAAGAUGACAGAGGUUUCAAAAAUUGGGGCCUGAAAAUCCUAGACUCUUGUCGACUUGCCAAAAUAAAAACAUAUCACAAAGUUUCUCCACGGCAAAUGUUAUUGACGUGGAAAGCAUUAAUUCAAGUUGAUUUAUCACAAUGCGGAUCUGACUCAGAUGACGUUUAUGUUGAUAGAAUGUGAAGAUAGAAAUUCUAACAUGCAAACCGAAGUAGACGGAAUAGCCAAAUAGACGAAAAAAAAAACUAUUCAUGCCAAAAUACAUUCGAUAUUUUUUGUUCAUGUAACAGAACAACUUGCAAUAACAACAAAAACAAAAUGCAAUCAAAGAAAAUUAAAUUGAAUUUUACUAAAACGUUUCCGUCAGCGAUUUACUAAGCAUGAGUUAUAACCAAUUUGAAUAAAAUUAACUAAUGUGUGUUAAGUUCAUUUGACCGUUAUUUAAAGUGUACACAUAUUAUUUUAAAGCACACAGAUUAUUCAAUGUAACGGCUAUUUAUUUAUUUGGUUCAAUGAAGCAAAUUUAACAGUAAUUUCAAUUAUGUUUUUAGGAGGAAAUGUUUAUCUACCAUGGGUGUAUGCCAAAUAAAAGUUUAAUGCACAGAGUAUAUAAUAUUUUGCAGAAGUAAGUAACAAAAGGCCAUAAUUGUGUUUUUGUUUAUGUAGUUGGAAAUAAGUGAUGUUAGCAGGCUGGUUUUAAAUGAUCAAUUUAAAGUUUUGUUCUAUAAAAAAACUAGUAUAGGUAAAUGGUUGAACACCACCAUAUUUUUGAAUAAACGUUUUAUUUGUUGGUUACUCCAAUAUGCACCAAGCGAAAUCAAAUGUUUUUUCUCGUAAAUGAAUAUGCUUGCUUUUUUGUUAAUGGCAACAGCUGUUGUGGAUCGACUUCAUAUUAUUUUUAUAUGUGUGAAAGUAAACAAGGAUAUCAGGAAUUCCUGGGAUAGAAAUGAUAUGAGAAUCAACAUUUUAUAUUCAAACCUGAAGAGAAUAUUCGAUUAAACUAUAUAUCCACGCGUUAACCUUAUAACGAGUAUGCGCCGUUUUAUGGUGUGUCAAGAAUAAAAUCCUAUAUACUAGAUUAACGAUGUAAAUUUUUCGAUGAUCUCACCUUACAAC